AUGAGUGCCACAGGGCAGGCCUCGCUGCCUGCAACGCUACAAACUUCCAUUUCUCUCUGUCAGCGGUUUGCGGCCUCCUUGUCUCCAAACGCUCCGUUCGAGGUGCCUCGCACAGAGCCAACUGCGCCCUCGCCUCUGGUCCUUCUGCACGCUGCCGUGACGACUCUCCGAGCUCAAGUCACUAAACUGUCGCUACUGGCUAUCACAGCUCCUUUUACGGCGAGUGCGGUAGCGACGUGUUUAGCGCCCCUCAAUGAGUCAAUCCUCACGUCCCUUGUAACAGCUGCGUUACUCACAACACCGGAAUUAUUCACGCCUUCGUUCUCCGCGGAAUGCCGUAAUCUGGCUGCGGCAACCUUACGUGACAUGAAAACACUUUUGGAGCUGCUAGAGAUGCGAAGUCGUGAUAGCAAUUUGACAGUAUCGCUUCAGGACUCGGCAAAGAAACCUUUCACAGAGGCAACAGGCAAGAUUUGGGAUGACUGCGACAAAUUGAUUCCGCUGGCUUCAGAAGGAGUGCAUGGAUUUGUUACCAGGAGAGCGAAAGAGUGGCUCGACUUGAUGAAAGACGCGGUCAAAGAACUAGAAGAAUGGGACCCGGAAGAUGACGUUGUUGACGACGACUUACUAGGCGUCGCAGAGAGCGACGACGGUGCAUCCGAUGACACCGGUGACAAGGAUGGCGACAGUGAUCGAGCAGCCAUAUCUGCAGGCGUCAAGGAACAAGCGUUGAAAGUGCUGAACCGUAUUCCACAAAGUGUGCAUGUGGUGAUCAAGCAACGGCUUGAGAAAUUCCCAGCUGGUCAAGGUAACGCCGCGCCUUACGCAGCUCAACUGGAUACAUUGCUCAGGCGGACUCGCCACAUCUCUGAGCUCAUCGACGAAUCAGCCGAAGGAAUGUACCUAGGCGAUCUGGAGCUAUGUCUGAAGAAGGCUGGUGAAGCUCGAGCCGUUACCAUUGAAAUCGUCGAAUCAGUGAUCGACCCAUUUGUACAACCGCACGAUGAGACCGCCUCAAGGCUCGGAACAAAGGAGGACAAAUACAUUCAGCGCGCGCUCGAAUGGAUCCGACAAGUAGAUCCCGGUGCUUAUCCACGAAGCCUGUCUUGA